GAAAUCUGAUCACAUUUAUUUUUUUCCCGCAUAUUCUUACAUCUUCACAUCAGAUCUCUGAUUUCUUUUUAAAUCUCUUCUAUAUAUUUCUUGUUGCCUCCACACUGAAAUUCCCCAAAAUUUGAGCUUCUUCAAAAUCCAUCACACACACACACACACAUAUUCUGACAGUCAUGGAGCACAAUAGCAUAAACCCAAAAAAUGGCUACUCUACUCAUACCAAAACUUUCCACAGCCUAAGGUCAUCACUCCCAUUGCCACCUUUAUCACAGCCCAUUUCCAUAAUUCAGUACACACUCUCUCUCCUCAACUCCACAACCACCGCCACCACCUCUAACACCACUUUCCUCAUCGACUCCACCACAGGCCGCCGCCUCUCUUACUCCGAAUUCCUUCACAAAACCCAAUCCCUUGCCUCUUCUCUCAAGAUUCAAUUCCCGUCCCUUUCCAAAAACGACGUCGCCUUUAUCCUGUCUCCUCCAUCGCUUCAUGUUCCAAUCCUCUACUUCGCCCUUCUCUCCCUUGGCAUUGUUGUUUCCCCUGCUAACCCACUCUCUUCUUCUACCGAGUUGACUCACAUGAUCCAACUCAGUAAACCCACCAUUGCUUUUACUACUUCAUCGAUUUCCCAUAAACUCAUCCCUUCAUUUCCCCUCGGCACCAUUUUAAUUGACUCCCCCGAAUUCCUUGAACCCCCCAUUGCUACGCCUAUCUCCAACUUCAACUCAAUUGUUCACCAAACUGAUUCGGCAGCUAUUCUUUACUCCUCUGGAACUACUGGCCGAGUCAAGGGAGUCGAGUUGACUCACCGGAAUUUGAUUGCCUUAACUGCCGGCUUAUACAAUAACAAAUUCACCAGCGACGAAAGUGAAAAUGCAGAGCAAGACGUGGCGAUUUUGACGUUGCCGUUGUUUCACGUUUUUGGAUUCUUCAUGCUGAUUAGGUUAGCGGCGAUGGGGGAAACGGCGGUGAUAAUGGAGAGAUUCGAUUUCGAGAAGAUGUUGGAGGCGGUGGAGAAGUAUAAGGUGACGUACAUGCCUGUGUCUCCGCCCUUGGUGGUGGCGAUGGCGAAGUCGGAGUUGGUACUGAAGUAUGAUCUGACGUCGCUGAAGCUGGUGGCGUGCGGCGGAGCGCCGCUAGGAAGGGAGGUGGCUGAGCGGUUCAAGGCGAGGUUCUCUAACGUGGAGAUUGUGCAGGGAUAUGGUCUAACCGAGAGUACGGGAGCAGGUACAGGGAUGAUAAGACCUGAGGAAACAGCCCGAUAUGGAUCUGCUGGUCGCCUUGCAGAUAAUUUGGAAGCUAAGAUAGUCGAUCCUGAUAGUGAGGAGGCCUUACCUCCCGGGAAGCGUGGAGAGCUUUGGAUACGCGGGCCAACAAUCAUGAAAGGUUAUGUUGGAGAUAAACAAGAAACAUCAGCCACUCUUAAUUCAGAAGGUUGGCUAAAAACUGGUGAUCUCUGCUAUUUUGACUCGGAUGGGUUCCUGUUUAUUGUUGAUAGGCUAAAAGAACUGAUAAAGUACAAGGCAUAUCAGGUACCCCCUGCUGAACUGGAACAGUUGCUUCAAUCAAUUCCUGAAAUUGCUGAUGCAGCAGUUAUUCCAUAUCCUGAUGAAGAAGCAGGGCAGAUUCCAAUGGCUUAUGUUGUCAGAAAACCUGGGAGCACUAUUAGUGAGUGUCACAUUGUGGAUUCAAUUGCAAAACAGGUUGCACCAUACAAAAAGAUACGGCGUGUUGCAUUCAUUAACUCAAUACCAAGAUCUCCAGCAGGAAAGAUCUUGAGAAGAGAACUCAUUGAUCAGGCCAUUUCUGGUGCUUCAGCUAGAUUAUGACAGAAACAUGGAAAUCUUAUGGAGAAAUAUGUGUAGUUAAUCCAAACCCAAAUGGUACACAUGUUAUAUGUUCCUUCAAGUCUUCUACAACUUGAAUAGAUUUUCACUGCGAACUUGAUAGUUCCUGAUUUUUGGUUGAUAUAAACCUCCCAAGUUGAAAGAGAUAAAUUGAACAGUUUUGCUGUUAAAAUGUUACUCAUUAUUAGCUG